ACCGUUAACGUCACCUUGAGGAAAGAUGUGGUGAGCACACAUCUCUACAUCAUUCGCGUGUGCUAGUUCUCUUCCCUUCUGUCCACCCAUCACAGCAUGUCUACAGAAACGCAGUCCAAGAAGCAGAGCUCCGAGCGACGACGUAUGCAGAAUAAGCGGGCCCAGAAAAACUACCGAGAGCGUCAAAAAAGGAAUUUACAGGUCCUCCAAGACAUAGCUGGGUCUGCCUUCCCAAUUAAUCAGGCAAACGAGGAUGGCCGAUAUAUCCAGCCUAGAAUGGGCAUUUUCACCAAUGCUUCGCUAGAGGCAGAGGGUGUUCAUGCGGCCUCCUUGACAGACUCCUGUUCGCGAGCCUUUUCAGAGGCGGGGAGCAGGGAUGGCUCAUUUAGCAGAACAGGGCAGUCACGCGGUAGCUUACUCGAUGCAGAUGAGCAGCCUCAGUCAAUUCUUGUUAGAAGACCGCCUUUAAUCCCCCCUGAAAGUUCUCAAGGGUAUUGCACAAUUAGUCAAUUACUUCAACAAGAGGGUCUAGUUCUCGAUGAGAAGAUGAGGCUUCAAAUAUCAGAGAAGAAGAUAGACCUACGGAGCAUUUUGGAAGCUGGGCUAAAGGCGCUUUCACACGAGACUUUACUAGACGCAGAUUGCUCCUCCUCACAUGGCACAAGAGAAGGGUGCGCUACUAAUAGUACACAACUCCGUACAGACAAAAUAUUACUGUUACAAAACGCCAACCACGGAUACGAGACAUCCCUACCUGAUAUCCGCAGAAAUAACCUCCGAAUCAAGCAAGUCCUAUUUGUUGCCGCUUGCGUAACAAAUGCAUCGUCUCUAGGAAUCCCUCUCGAAGGUUUAAGCUGCGACAGUGCUGAGUCGCAUUUCUUCCGCGACUCCAUCUCAGAAUCAGCCGCUAAGACGGCGUGCCUGAGCGAGUUCCUAGAUUUGAAGACGCACCUACGACCGUGUGCUCCGCAACUGAUGUACAGACACCAUCCAUACAUUGACGUGCUUCCCUUUCCGACCUUCCGAGAGCGUCUCAUCAAACUCGCUUGUGCUGAGGAGCCGAUGAUUGAUGAGGACGAGUUGUGUAAAGAUCUCGAAAACGACGGUCUAGUUUGCUGGGGAUCAAGUCUGGGUGGUGGGAGUACAGCGAUGGGAUCGGGCGCGCCGUGGGAUAUACGGAGCUGGGAAGCGCAGAAUUGGUUUAUGAAGAAGUGGUGGAUCUUGAUUGGUGGUGCGGAAGGGGAAAUCUAUAAACAGACGCAGUGGUGGUGUGAGAUGAGGGGCGAGCGGUCCUGUUAUCCCUGGUAGUAAUGAAGGUGAAGGGUAGCUUUAUGGAUUUUAAUUAGAUACUCACGACCAUUUAUUCUUUGACCCCUAUUUACCCCGCUUUUGGCCGCUGUUUGGCUGAUCGCGCGCAACAUCAACAAGGUAUUCCCGUAUCCGCCGCGACUGUGCUCCAUGUCGCCCUGGG